AUGAUGGCAUUGAUGAAGCAAGCAGAUUUUUUCUAUUUAUUUGACUCCCAUGCCAGAGACUCUAGUGGCAUGCCUGAUCCUAAUGGCACUGCUGUUGUCAUGAAAUUUGCUAAUAUUCUAGAAUUAGAACAAUAUUUGUAUUCUCUUUCAAUGACAUUGCAUGCCAAUUUAUUUGAAAUUGUACCUGUGCAAUUGAAUAUAUGUAAAGCUUCUGAGCAAAAAAGUAAGUGUGUACAGGAUCAAGAGAGUGUCCAAAAAAAGAGGCUUUUAGUAGAAAAUGAAGGUGAUAAACAAGCUAGACUUAAGAAAGCUAGUGAGUACAAUAAAAGAAAGCAGUCAAAGGAAACUGACAAAGAGAGGCAAAUCAGACUUCAAAAAGCUAGUGAAUAUAAAAAAAGAAAGCAGUCAGAGGAAACUGACAGACUUCAAAAAUUAAGUGAGUCAAUUAAACUGAAACGCUCAGAGGAGACUUACAAUGAACAACAAAUUAGACUUCAAAAGGAUCGUGAGUCUAAAAAAAGAAAGCGGUCAGAGGAAACUGACUGUGAGAGACAAAUGAGGCUUGAGAAAGAUAGACUUUAUAAAAAACAAAAGCGGGCAAAAAAAGUGUCACAGCCUCAACAUGAAGUAUUAAAUCAACAGGAUUAUUUAAAUAUGUUUGACACCAAUAAUGGCAGUAUUGAAGAGCAAUGUUGGGCUAAGGCUAACAUUAAUAAGUUUAAUAAGUCUGUGCAAUAUAUUGUCAGUCAGUGCACAGUAUGUCAGGAGGCAUGGCCCUUAAAAUCAAAACCAAAGACACCUUACAUGUGUUCACGAUGCUUUAGAGAUAAAAAAUCUCCUAAAAAGUUUUCUUGUGAAAAUUCAAUGAUACCUUCGUCUGUUCCAAAUGAAUUGCAGAAUUUAACUCAAAUUGAGGAAAUGUUAAUUGCUCGUGCUUUGCCUAUCAUGAGAGUUUAUAUUAAACCUGGUGGUCAACGAGGUUAUUCAGGGCAUUGUAUUAACUUGCCCCAAAAUGUCACAGAACUUGCAACAUCUUUGCCAAGGUACCCCAAAGACUUAACUGUGAUUAUUGUCAAAGUAAAAGGUAAAGAUAACACAUUCAGAGAUGUGACAGUGCGAAAGCAAAAAGUGCACAAUGCCUUAGUUUGGCUUAUCAAUAAUAACCCACAUUAUUCUGAGUUAACAAUUAAUGAAGAAGCAUUAAAUUCAUUACCUGAGAAUGGUGUACCACCAGAUCUCAUGACUGUUGAGACUGAUGAUGAUAUAGUCUCUGAUGACAAUUGUUCUCCAGAUGCAGGUCCUCCUACUGAUAACCCAUCGGAGGAUAAUGUUUAUAAUCACUCUACUGAAAUGAGUAGUUUUUUACCUGUUGGCAAACAACAACAACAGGAAAUUGAAGCUGUUAGAAACCAGCUGUCUGAAAAUGAGCCAAUGCCAUGGCCCUCAGUUGAAAAUGAGCCAUUAAAUGAGUAUCAGGUAUCACAUCUGGCCACAAUGGCUUUCCCAACUUUAUUUCCAGAUGGGAAAGGUGAUCCUACUAAUCAAGGACUUCUGAGAGAUGUCCCUCUUCAGGAACGAAUAAAGCAUCUUCUAAAAUUUGCUGAAAUUAUUGAUGGUAAAUGGGUAUACCGUUUUGCUAACCACCCUAGAUUUUCUUAUUGGGCGUUUAAUAUGAUUCAAAGAAAACGAAUUUUACAACAAAGUGGAAUAUUCCUCAAACAGAACCCAGGUGAAGCUCAUCUCACAAUUGAUGAACUGCGUGAAAUGGCUGUCAGUAACAAUGCUAAUGUAUUUAUGUCUAAAGUAUCGAGAUAUGUUGGCAACAUUGCAGGUACUAAUGCUUACUGGAAUAGGGUAAGAGAGGAACUCAAAGCUAUCAUAACUAGUGUUGGAGCACCAACAUUAUUUUUCACUUUCUCCUCUGCAGAUAUGCAUUGGCCUGAGUUACAUGCUUUAUUUAAAGCUGACACUGACAAUGAGUUAGGUAACUCUACCAGUGAGGUAAGACGACAAAAUGUUAUUAACAAUCCCCAUGUCGUAGAUUGGUUUUUUACCCAAAGAUUAGAAAGCUUUGUAAAACACUGGCUUUAUGAUACUCUUGGUGCAAAAUGGCACUGGUUUAGAUAUGAAUAUCAAGGUAGAGGUAGUAUCCAUUGUCAUGGUACUGCUAAACUAAAUAAUGACCCAGGUUUGUGUCAACUUACUCAGACUGCUUUGAAAGGUUUCUUAGCUCAAAAAUUUAAAGAUGAAAAUGAUUGUUCUGACACAACUGAACUAGACCAGGAUAUUGAAGCUGGUCAAAAAGCAGCUGACACAGUAUGUCAGUAUGUUGAUUGGUUAUUAUCAACCAUCAAUCCUAAUCCACCAGACGAGGACAUGUGGAUAAGACCUGAGGUUCAUCCAUGUCAAAGAAGUCAUGACAUUCCCGAGCAUGAAAAACAAUCAGAUUAUGUAGAUCUAUUAAACAUGGUUCAACGACAAAUUUGA